GUUUGCUUCUCUCGAGUUAACCGGGUAACGCCAGCCACAGAUCGUGGUCACGUGGAAUUGACCGCUGUCACGGCAACCGUAAACUGACAAGAGCACACUGAGGACUGCCGAUUUCACGUUAACUGACGUUAGCUUAACCUGAAUUUACAUCGUCCACACCUGUAUAGGAGCCAUGUCGGAUGUCGGGUCCGAUGAGUUUGACGAUGAGCGCAGUAAACUGGGGGAGUAUGAAGGGGACCGGAAUGAAGCGGGAGAGAGGCACGGAGUCGGCAAAGCUGUGCUCCCCAACGGAGACGUUUAUCAGGGACGGUAUGAGAAGGGCUCGAGGCACGGACAGGGGACAUAUUUCUUCAAGAAUGGGGCAAGAUAUGUGGGGGACUAUUGGCAGAACAAGAAACAUGGACAGGGUGCCUUCUACUACCCAGAUGGCUCUAAAUAUGAAGGGUCGUGGGUUGAGGACCUGAGACACGGACAUGGCGUCUACACUUACCCCAACAGAGACACGUAUGAUGGAGAAUGGCUCCAUCAUGUCAGGCAUGGACAGGGCGCUUACCAUUACAGUGAAACUGGCUCAGUGUACAAGGGCUCAUGGGUGAAUGGCGAGAUGCAGUCAGCUGGCGAGUACAUCUACUCCAACCACCGAUACAAGGGCAACUUUGUCAAAAAUGCUCCUCACGGUCUGGGGAAGUACAUGUUCAACACUGGGUGUGAGCAGCACGGUGAAUACCAUCAAGCAGAGCAGGAUCGAGCAGAGGAUGAGUUGGGCGAGUUGGCAUCCCCCGCAGCCCGCAAGUGGAUUCCUACGUAUGUCACAGGGCUGACACUGUAGCCACUAGGUGGGGAAAAGCAAAGCAAUUCAUCUGAGGAAGGAGCGGAGAGCUGACCUUUAGGAUCAAUUCUUCUAUUAACCUGUGUUUGCAAAGUGGAACAACAUUAAAAUGAUUCCCUUGAGUG